UAUUGUCACCUGGCAUAGCGGACGUUACACUUGGGGGAGGCCAUGAGCAGGCCUUAUACGCAUUUGAUUUGAAAGCAUCAUGGCGGAUGGUUGUUCAAUCAGGGAGGCUAUCGAGUCAGAUCUGCCGCAUGUGAUUAAAUGGUGGGAAGAAUAUUUUAAUGUUGCACACGAGAUUGAGAUGUUUAAGAUCGUGAUGAAAUACGGGAAAGGCGGCGGAGCUUUCACGGCUGUGUUGCCUAGCGGAGAACCAGUCGGUUUUGUUACCUGUGCUGUAAUAGGUGACAUGGCAUCUGCGAAUCACUUAAUAGUACGUGGCGACAUGAGAGGAACUAGAAUAGAAAGUAUGUUGUACAAACGAGCAGAUGAGCACGUCGGCCACCUCAACGUGGCGAUUAACUCCGCCAUGCACCUCAUAGAGUUUUACAAGAAGAAUAAAUUUACGACGGAGUCGUUCACUAUUACCGACCGUUACUACACCGUCGAUCACGCCAAGAUCGCAGCAUCCCUGAAGCUGGGAGAUGAAGCCAAUAUCAUGGUGAAGCCAUACAGCGAGGAGAUGCUGCAAGCUGUACUCGGCUACGACAGGACCAUCGCUGGGAACGACCGCGGAGACUAUCUGCGUCCCUGUCUACAAGCUUAUAAGAAGCUGAUGUUUGUAGCGACCGAUGCUGAGAGCAAGGUAGCAGGUUAUGUCAUUGCCGUCAACAUGACGGGCAGAGUGAGUCACGGCAUCUGUCCACUUUACGGUGACACGGAGCAGGUACAGUGUCAGCUGAUGAGGCAGGUGUUAAUGGCUCUACCGGAUGGAUCAGAGAUCUGCAUCUAUACACCUGAUGACAACAUACCAGCGACAAUGAUGGUAGAGGCGCUUGGAGCUCGCACUAAGUUGAUUACAAAGCGAUUAUAUACGAAGCACGAGGUGAAGUUACCAUUGGAUAAGGUAGCGUCUACUCUUGAUUGGGGCGCCUUCAUUAUCUAGGACUUCAUCGAAAUCGAAUUGUUACAUUGAAAAUCAGAAUGAUGAUGUUAAGGGUCGCAACAAGUAUGUUUGAUGUGCUUGCAGCUAGGUUUGUAGCGCGCGCAAAGCGUCUGUACACGAAGAGCGAGUUAAUUAAGGCUAUCGUUGGGAAAGGUUGCGGCAAUUCUUAGCUUCAUCUAGUGGAAACCGAGUCUCCAAUUCGUCGAUCAUUAUAGAAAUGUUUAUCCUACGAUUUGUUCCGCCUUCAAUCGUCCCCUAAAUGGAAGUGUAUGUUUCAUUUAAGUUAUCUCGUUUGAAAUGGUAGUUCAAAAAAUAUUCUUCAUUCGCCCCCUACCUGAAUGAUAUUUAGUGUAACUGAUGAUCUUAGUCAUAAUUGAUGCUCCAUUACUUUUAUAUCGAUGGAAGGGGGCGCUAGAAGCAAUACCACAUGCUCCACUAACCACAACAAAUAUAUCGUUUUCUUAGCAUGCACUUGUCCUCUCUCUCCCUCUCUUUCGCAUUCCGCUAGACAGGAGCGACUACACACAUGCGCGCACGCACGCACCGACGUACGCACGCACGCACGCACGCACGCACGUGCUGCUGCUUCUGCCGUUGGGCUCGCAUAUAUUUCGUCACGUUACUUAAAAGUGCGACCACGUGCGCACAUCCCGUGUCAAACCUUAUAAUAUUAACACAACAUUCUCACUCGAGACGAUUAACACUGGAAAAUAGAUUACCACUGUACUGUAAUUAUGAUAUGCGUUAUUAUAUAUAUAUAAUAUUUAUAUAUUAUAAUUACAUUAGUAAAGCGUGA